AUGUCACUCGAAGAGAACAAAGACCUUGCACUCGUGCUCGCAAUGUUGUCGACAUGCGAGGAACUGAAACCCAACUAUCACCAAGUCGCAGCCAUUAUGGGUAUUGCGCAUGCUAGGACAGCUCAACAAAAGUUCAAGAAACUCAUCGAAUCCACCAAGCGAUAUGCCCUGAUCAACGGCAAGGUGACCGACCUCGAAGACCCUAACAAUGCCAAUGCCGCUCCUGCUACUCCAAACAAGCCAGGCCGAAAGGCUGCCGGUACUCCUCGAACUGGAGCUUCUACUGGUGGUCGGAAGCGAAAGGCUAAGGAAGCGACCGACGAUGAGCAGGACUCUGACGUUGAGGAGGAUACCCCAGCCAAGAAGAAACGUACUCCUGGACCUAAGCGAGGUGCUGCGAAGAAGGCGGCUGCAAAGGUGACAAAAGAGGCCGAUGAGGAGGAGAAGGAGCAGGAGGAGGACGCGGCUGAUGAUGAUGUCGAAGAGGUCAAUGGAGGUGCUGUUGACGAGGCAGAUUCUGCAGUCAAGGCUGAGGAUGCUGAUGCAGCUGCUUCUGACAAGAACGAGGACUAA